AGAGAGAGAGGCGCUCGCGAGAGAGAACUGGCGGGGUGUGUACACACGCGAGAGAAGCCCCUGGCGUAAUGUCAGAGGGAAGCCCGAGCGAGUGGAGAACGCGACGGCCCAGUCGCGGCGGUGCAGUUCACCACUGGAGCUCUUAGAUGCGUGAGCUGGAGAGAGAAGAAAAGCAAUGGACAGAAGGUUGCGCGGGAUGCUGUACUGCGCGAUGUGGUACGGCAGUAUCCUCUCGGGAUUUCUGUUUAUUGCCUGCCCGAUGCUUCCACUUUUGCUGAUCAGUCCGCCGACUUUCCGUAAAUGCGGCGAAUUGCUCUUCUCCUGCUGGGAGAUGUAUCCCACCGCGCUCAUGGAGUUUUUCGGCAUGAAAGUCGUGGUGUCGGGCGAUCACAUCCUCCCGAACGACUCGGCUAUCCUGGUGAUGAACCACCGAACGAGGGUCGACUGGAAUUUCCUCUGGGGCGCGAUGUACCAGGCCUGUAUGCCCAAUAUCGCCGCUCACAAGCUCAAGUUCAUACUCAAGGAGCCCAUCAGGCAUAUUCCUGGCCCAGGUUGGAUAAUGCAGAUGAACGGCUUCCUCUACAUAACUCGUCGCUGGGAGGAAGACCAGGGCCGUCUCUCUCGUUCGCUGGACUACCUGGUAUCACUCCGACGACGCAGUCAACUGCUCAUCUUCCCCGAAGGCACUGAUCUGACCGUCAGCAGCAAAGAGCGCUCGGACAAGUACGCGAUGUCCCAUGGGCUGCCCGUCUACACGCACACCUUGCAUCCCAAAACUACCGGCUUCAGUUAUCUCGUUAGGCAUCUCCAGCAGGCGGAUUAUCUCGAUGCGCUGUACGACUUGAGCAUCGGCUAUCCGGAUCUUGUACCUCAGUCGGAGCUGGACCUACUGAACGGAAAAGUGCCCGACGAGGUGCACUUCCACGUUCGCAGAAUACCCCAGUCAGAAGUACCGAAGGACGAGGCCGGACUGAGGAACUGGCUGGAGGAAAGGUGGCAGCAGAAGGAACGAGCCCUCGAGCAGUUCUACGUGGACAAGAGGUUCCCCAGCGAACCCUGGCCAGAGUCCAGUCGGAUGCCUCUGAGGAUAGCCUUUGUCUUCUGGACCUUACUGUCUGGCACGAUGUUGCUGAUGCUGGUAAUCUCGCCGAUCUUCCAACUGUGGACGCUCCUGCACGCGCUCUUCUUCAUCGGCAUUUCUCUCUUCACAACGGGCUUCAACCAGCUCGAAAUGGGCUGGUACUGGAAGUGGAGAUCCUUCGUCUGCAAGGACGCGAAGCUCGGCUAACCCAUCCAUCCCAACCCUGUCUCACAUAUUGUAGCGUCGCAUCUUUCCGAGAGUACAAGAAAUAUGAAGAAAAAAAAAAUCUCUUACACAUGUAGCGUACACAGCAAUUGAUGCCUGUCUCUGUGAUAAUCACGAUUAAUAUAUAUUCUAUAUCGCGCAUAAAAAACCGUACCGAGGACCGAGGAUUUGUAUAGCUUAUUUGUAGGAGUAUUAUAAGGGAGGCGCGUGUUUUUUCCUGUUAGCUGAUUCUUUUGUUUUUUUUUUUUUCGAUAUAGCCCUGGUUUAGUUUUUGAUUGAAAAUUCUAUUGAAACGUCGGGUGAUGAGUGAUUCUUCAUUCUGUAAGGUGGGUUAUUUUAUGUUGGAUGAGGUAACAUGUGAUGUUUCUGGAUUUUCUAUAUAUUUUUCUACAUAUAUGAUUGAUAAACUAUGAUAUGCAAGUAUUCUAAACUUACAGCCAGCUAUUACCUUUCUAAAAACUGAAGAUUUAUUAUACUGCAGUGACGAGUUUUUUUUUUUGUUAUACAAAUGGUCAGUUAUUAUAAACUUUUCUUGACACGAAUAAAGAAUCACUCGAGGAAUUUAUUAUUAUUAUUAUUAUUAUUAGGGGAUCGUUGCAAUGUUUUUAUAUGAUUGAGCAUAUUCGAAAAUACGGAUAAAAUUGAACUUUCUAUAACUUUUUUGAAGCAAUCGUAUUUUUAUCAAAAGGUGAAAGAAAAAGAUCAAGAAAAUUGAAUUUAGAAAACAAAACAUUAUUUCCAAACGAUAUUUUUAAAUGGUUCAACAGUAAGUAUGUGUACUUUUCUAUAAAAGGGUUAAGCAGUAUGAAAUAUGUGUACUUUAUCAAAGUCCUCUGACAAGUAGUAAUUUGCGAGUAUAUGAAUUAUGAACAAAUACAAAUCCAUAAACGAUAUAUGUGUGUAUAACGAGGAUAACUUCUAAAAUCUAUUUAACGAGCGAUAAAAUUAAAGCGUUAUCAUACAGAGUUAUAUAUGUGUAAAAGCUUCGUACGAUGUAUAACAUACAUAUUAUACUAAUAACUAAUAAUUGUGUACACUCUCGAGACGAACAGCUCUGCCGCCGCCAGACAAAUGGAAUUGAAACUCUUGUCUCAUGUAUACCUAACGUCGCUGAUGAUGCUACUGCGUGCUUUUUUCACAGAUGUACACAAGAGACACAAACACGUGAACCCCAGUACAAAUUCAAUUCUUUAAUCCGCUAUAUAAUUAAACGGCUUUUGUGUACUAAUCUCGAGUGGAGCAAUUGUACGAAGUAUAUACAAAUUCCUAUGAAAGAUAAUUAUAUAUGAUUAUACGCGGAUUUUGUCUUUGUAUAAUUGUAAAUUAUGCAAAAUACGCGUAAUCAGAGAUCAACGUUUAUAAUAUUAUGAUGAAACAAAUUUUUAAAAAAUUCGCAAUUACAAUGCCGAGAGAGAAAUGAAAUACUAGUAUAUAAUUGUAUAUAAUUUUUCAUUCUUGGAAUAAAUGCAAUCAACGCCUUGAGCAUUGAACGAAUAAUAUGAAUGUAGUAUAAUAUACGGCAAUUUAAGGUGUAUAAGAUUGGGAAUGGACUUGAGAAAUGCAUAUGAGAGAAUCUAUUUUUUUCCCAUAGCUUUAGAAAAAACAAAUCUUGUACAACAAGAAGGUGAAUUCAUGUGCCAAAGAAAUGACCCUAGCUGAAAAUCGAUAUUUGAUCCCAACAAGGGAUAAAUUGUACAAUUCAUUGUGUAAAUAUAGUUGAGAGCAAAUAAGGAAAGUAUUGUAUAGGCUCGAGAAUAAGAAUCUUCGGUUUUUUUUCUGUUGAUAUUUCAAAACUAUCUCGAUGUGUACUAUGUGUAAAGAUAUAUAGCAAAUUAAUAGAUAUGCAUACGUUUUGUUCAGUACUCCAUAGUACUUUAGUAGCAAAUGGAUGAUUUGUUGAUUUCUCGUUUGUUGAACGUUGUUUUAAGGAUGCAAUAUAAGUUAGAUGAUUGAUGUAUCGUAAGCGUACCGUUAAAUUCAUACCUAACAUGAAUUAAAAAUUUUUUUCUUGAUGUAUACCUAACUAGAAAAAUUUGUUCGAUAAAAUAUAAAUCACAGAUACAAGCAAUAUAUUUUUAUUUUAAGUAUUUUCUGUAAAUUUAUUGAUAUAUGAACCAAUUACACGUGACUGUAAUAAACGGACUGAAUCAUCGAUUCUGUACAAAAUAGCGUGUAACAUUUUUAGGAAAGGACUAAAGAUUACUUUCACUAAAAAACGAGGUAUACUCGAUAAUUACCAAAACAUUAACAGAUAAUAGGUUCCAAAGAUCUAUCGACGAUUCAUAUUUUGUCACUUCAACUACCGGUAUAAAAAAAGUAUUUUACACGUCAAAUGUAGACUUUAGCCACUGUAUCGACCGUUCACAGCGCCGUACAAUUUCAUUUAAUAAUCUAUAACUUGGAAAACUUGAAAUAUUCUUUUCGGAGAUGUGUUAAAAAGAUAUCGAUGUACUUAGAAUUGUGUACACUUCAACCACACGCAGGCAACAAAUCAACUAAUUGUAGGUAUAAAAUCACAAUAUACAAGUAUUUGAAAUUAAA